AUGUCUUCCCAGAACGAUUAUUUAGCCAAAAAGUAUGGAUCAAUUUCAAAAACUACGAAAAAAACAAAAAAAUCGGCGAAACCUAACGCUAUAAUUGACGAAGAUGAAAUGUUAAAUAAAUGGAAAGCCGAUGAGUUAGAUUUAGAACGCAGUGAAAGAGAGAGAAUAAUGGACUCUAGAUUAAGUGUUGGCUUGCAGACAGCUGAUAAAGUGAAAAAAGAUUUAGAGCGCAUUGAAAAAGAUAGAAAAAUGGACUCUGGAUUAAGUGUUGGCUUGCAGACAGCUGAUAAAGUGAAAAAAGAUUUAGAACGCAUUGAUAAAGAGGCUAAGGACAAAUUUAGAACUAUGGAUCCUUCACGAUCUGGACGUGGUGCGCAGACUGUAUAUCGUGAUAAACAUGGAAAAAAGAUCGAUAUAGUUGCGCAAAGAGCUGAAGAGCGUCGCAAAAUUGAGGAAGAAGAGAAACACAUGAAAUGGGGAAAUGAGGAUCAAAUUGUUAAAGAGGAUGAAUUACGUCAUAAACCAUUAGCAAUAUAUAAAGAUGACAAAGAAUUAAACGAAGAACAAAAAGCACAAGAACGUUGGGAUGAUCCUGCUGCAUUAUUUUUAACUAAAAAAAGGAAAAAAAAAGAAUCGAGCCGUCCUAAAUAUCAAGGUCCUCCACCACCUCCUAAUCGUUUUAAUAUACCGCCAGGUUAUAGAUGGGAUGGCAUAGAUCGUUCUAAUGGAUUCGAAAAAGCGUACUUUGAGAAGCUUAACACGAGGUCUGCACUGGCCAGUGAAGCUUACAGUUGGUCGGUCGAAGACAUGUAA